AUGCCUCUGUUUAAAUGUGUCCUUCCUUCCUUUUUUCGUAGUAGUUGUUGUUGUUGGAAAGUGACGGUCAUUGCUGUUGCUCGCUAUUCCAAUUUUAUUACAACUGUCACUACUAGGGCAAGGGACGUAGCUCAUCAUGGUAAAGACUUUGUUUUUCAGUCAAUUGGAAGCAUUACUGGAGUGGUUCAAAUCCUGCAUUUGUCACCCUAUUCAUAUUCUAUCUAUCUAAGCCUAUUCAUAUUCUUUCUAUCUAUCUAUCUAAGCCUAUUCAUAUUCUAUCUAUCUAAGCCUAUUCAUAUUCUAUCUAUCUAUCUAUCUAUCUAUCUAUCUAUCUAUCUAUCUAUCUAUCUAAGUCUAUUCAUAUUCUAUCUAUCUAAGCCUAUUCAUAUUCUAUCUAUCUAUCUAUCUAUCUAUCUAUCUAUCUAUCUAUCUAUCUAUCUAUCUAUCUUAGUCUCUCCACAGUUAUCUCUCUGUUCAUCUUCAUCUAUCAUCAUAUCUAAAAUUACACACACAUAUUCGUUUGUAGCAAUAAUAGCCGAUGGUGGGAAAAGAACUCUUCGCUGUCGAUCGAGUAGAGAAUCACUGUUGUCCGUGUCAUCGUUGUCCAACCACGCCUGUUGUUGUUUCUCGCUUUCAACGCCUGUUGGCCUGCCUCGUGUCCUGCAACUCUGUCUAGAAACCUGUAAACAAGAACAACGUCGUCGUCUCAUUUCUCAUAUUGGCGUCCUUUUCCUCCUCCUCCUCCUCCUCUUCUUCGGCUUCGUGUCGUUGUCAUCUUCAUCAGCUGGGUUGGACAACAAGCUUUUCUCUACCCCCAACACUGCUUUCGUUUUAACCCUAUUCUUUCCUCCCCUACCGCCGUCUUUCCUGCAGACGCCACCCCUAGAGAUCCGUGUUCUCCUCCCACUUUCCCCCCUUUCUUUUAUCAUUCUCCCGCCUUUCCCCUCCCCUGUCAAUCAUCCAGUGUGUUUAUGUCUCUUUUACUUCAAACCUUACCAUCCUUCCUCCCCUGAAUCUUUUAAGAUCCCUCCUUGCUCUCCCUUCCCACCAUACUCUCCCUUCCUUCUGGCUCUCCCUUUACUCUCCCAUUACUCCUUACUCUCCCCUUCCUUUGUGCAUCACUAUUGA